AUGUCACAAUCAAAUAAUCAAGAAAAAACAUUAGAUAAUUCAAAUGAUCCAAAUGAAAUUAUUGUAGAUAUUAAUGGUAAAAAAGUUCCAUUAUCAAGAAUAAAUAAACCUCAUAAUGUUGUAAUACCAGGUAAAGAUCAAUUACCACAUGUUGAAGCAAAACAACAAGAAAAAGAAGAUUUAAAAGAAUUUAAACAAGCUAAUUUAGGAGGUGAAGAUACUCGUCAGAAAAUUAAUCCUGCUGAUUUCCCACCUGUUGAACCUGAAGCAAAAGAAAGAGAAGCUAAAUUAGAAGCUGAAAGAGCUAAAAAUCAUUGA